AUGCAAGAUGCAAAGCCAUGUUGGACCACCGCAUGUCUCUCCGAAUGGCCCACUUUCACCAUGUGUGCAUGUUGGGUAGUUGGCUUGGUCGGGAAGUUCAAAGUUGUGGUGCGUCUGUAUAUAGUACGAGCCCAAGCUACGUUGAGCCUGACCUAUGCACUCGCAGCGUCCACGGCACUUGGUCUUCCUCGAGCUCUCCACGCUGCAGUUCGCAAUCUGGAUUCUGUGUUUGAUAGGCUAGGAUGGUGUGAAACGUGCCAUGUUAUUCUCAUCCGGGGGCGGAGGCCCACGGCGACAACGGUACCUACCCAGCACAGCCUCUCAGCAUCCAAGGGCGCAGCAACGGUCCAAACAGCCAGCCUCAACGAGUGGUGUUUCUCGACGACAACGUACAAGGCUCCGUACUACUGUGUCUCUACCUUGGUCUUGGUCUUGGUCGUUUGGCCCUCGAGCUCCCUGGAGCCUUCGCCGACGUCUCUGACAGUUGACUACCGUGCUACCUUGCGUAUUGGUCUUGUUUUGGCGACUUGUUUCUUCUUCUUUCCGCUCGCAUACGACAACGUGCCUUGGGCGAGUACCUACCACGCCCUCGUGAAGCAGACGAAGCACGCAGGAGUUCGGCAGAAAAGAGGUGGUCGUCGCACUGGGCCUUUCGAAGCGGCGACUCAAGGGUCGGUUGAGUACCGCGCCCCAGCAGCCUUCGUGAGCGCUUCUCAGACCGCGCUUUACUUGCGAGACUGGAGGCUGCAUGCGAAGCCCUUCCUCCUAGACAAAGGCUGA